UUACUAAAAAUACUGUAUGCUGUAUGGUGCAUUUCUAGUAUUUUACUAGCUCGCAAUCAAUCCAGUAAGCAAAAGCGUACCAUAUGCCGUUGGCUUAAAACACUUGAAAGACGAUGCUACCGUGACAGCCGAUCAAGUCGAUCCAGUGCUCUGUUUUUGGUGAAACAUAUUUUAUGUUACCCACAUUUUUUCGAAAGUAUUAUUUUAUUCUAGAUUGAUCAAGAGCUGAAUGUAGUUGUAUACAUUUAUUGAACACGAGAGAAGAUUCCGGAAUUCUACAGGAAUUUAUCAACUACUUAAUAUUACGAAUUUCACAUCUUUUUAGAAUGAAAGUUGCCUUUAGUAAAUGCCGACAAAUUUAAUAAAUUAUCAAUAAGAAGUUAUUAAAAUUACGAAGAGGAAAUAAAGUCAUAAGGUAUGUUUUAUCUCAGCUACGCUUUUAUUUUAAUAGUACUACAUUAUCUUACAUUUCCAGCUCUUUCCUUAUUGUUUACAAACAUAUCUCAAACAUAUAUCAAUUAUCUCUUUAGGUGUAAAAUAUAAAAUGUUGUUAAUAGUCUGAGUAAGCUUUUGUCUUGUGGAAACUUGCUGAUUUACGUUUCAGAUUAUUUAUAACAUACACAGAGGACGAAGAUAUUUAUGUAAUUAAAAUGAGUUAUAAAUGAAAUUGAUAAAAUUAGGUAUUAGUAAAGUAAACUUUUUUGUCGUUAAUAUCUUUAUCAUAGUAUCACAAAAAACAGCUUUAUAGCCAUUUAGAUUAAUGGAAAUAAUAUCGAAGAAUUGGUCAGAGAUAUUUCUUCAAAAUUCAAGAAAUUAGAGAAAUCCAUGAGAAAGCUGAUUUAUCAAUCAAUGAAGAUUGCAAUAAAAAUGUGAGAUAUGUUUCUCAUUGCAAUUUUAUUUAAAAUUCAAUGUUGAGUGACUAUAUGCAAAAGAAAAUAUUUGACAAAGGAGCGGAGGUGAUUUUAUUGAAGAAAAAAGUAAAGGACUGUCAUAAAAAAUCAUCGAAUGAUAGAGUUCAGUGAUAAUGAUUCCAAAAUGACUUUGCAAUAUCGAUUUGAAAAAAUAAUAGAACAUCAGAAUUCCAAUUUACAAAGCAAUAGUACAGAAAAGAAUAUGGAAAUCUUGCAACAAUUACCAUCAGACGUGGUCAUAAUAAGGCAAAAUGCAAUGACAAGUAUGGAAGAUAAUGAUUACAGGGAGUUGAUAGAUACAAACAGUGAAACCUCAACUUCCGGCUGCACAGUUGCUAAAGUAAAAAGAAUUUCACAAAUUGUCAAAAAUAAAACUCGUGAAAUGGUAGAAGUAAGACGAAAUCCCGUGCGGAUAUCCAAGAGGAGUAUCGAUAAGGAUUUUUCUUGGCCCAAAAAACGACUAUUAACCAAUAGUAAGAGAGAAAUGUGUUUAAAUUACGAGUUCGGUAAACAUAUGAAAUCGUCCACAAUGCCCUAUAUGAACACAAGAUCGAUUACCCGGAAGAUGUACACUAUAGGUGCUACUUAUCAGGCACCUACCAAGAGAGAUGAGACUGAAUGGAAGGAAUGGCCUGCACAUGGAAUGCAUGAGAGACCAGUCUAUCAUCCGCAAGCUGGUCUGGCGGUAGAGUAUCUAGGAAGAUAUUUUACCAGCUUUGACGGAUUAUCUUAUCGUGAGAUUAUCGAUGGUUCAGAAAUCGAAGUGGUUACUGUUGAUCCGUCUCGUGAUCAACGCAUUCUGCAGAAGUCUAGAGAAAAAAUAAAAAUGAAAAAUAAACGUUUAUCAAAUAUCAAGGAUACAUGGAACGCCUGUCUCCCCAUGAAAAACAAAUCUUUCGAGACUUGCAUGCACGGGAGUCUUCACUGUGUACUCGGUUAUUGCUCGCAAGUUAUGUCACCAGUUUACAAACAAGCUGUAGUAGAGAAAGUGAUGAAACUGGCAGUUCCUGCGGUCAGAAUAAAUUCUCCGGAAUUAAAAAAGACAACAUAUGUCAAGAGUAAUGCCACAAAUUCUUCGGAAAACAUUGAUAAGUUUACCGAAGAAACAAAAUUACUGGAAACCUACGCUACCGCUAUGGCGCAGAGCGUUCAAAAAAAAGAUAUAAAUAGCAGAAGUAAUGAAAGAGUUGCAUCUACUUUUACAUCGUCUUCAGCAAUGUAUAUGCCAGAAGCGCAACUGACUGAGAUUGACGGUUCAAAGACUGCACUACAAAGCGGAAAAGUCAGAAUGAAUUUGAAACAGAUUCUUCAAAAUACUUCAAACAGCUCUUUGAUCUUGCUGAGAAAUCCAGCUGCAAAGAUAAGCAGCGAAAUUUGCACACCAAUCGCAAAGAACAUAUUUAACCCCCCGCCCAGACCGGAAAACGCAUCUAUUAGUGAUGAGACUCUGAUAAAAAUGUCGUCAAUCUAUAAAAAACUGACAUUUAUAAAUGAACCGACUUUAAACUGUGAAGAAUCUCCAAAAAACAAUUUGUAUACCCUGAAAAGACAUGCCACGAAUACAAAAGAAUGUACGACAAAGAAAACCUUUCUGGAAAAUCAGUUUGAAAACAAGAAAACUGUUCAAAUUAAAAAGAAAAUUCAUAAAAAUAAAAACACUAACGAGAUGAAGAUUAGUAGAGAAUCAAAUACUGGAAUAUCCAUGAUGAAUUCUGGAACAAACUACGUAUGGUGCACCAAUAAAACUUCAGAAAUCGCUAGAAUCCAAUCGAAAUACAACAAAAGUAUUUCAACAAAGUCUAUAAUGCAAAAUCCGAUUUAUAGUUCAAAAAAUAUGACAGAGAACUCGACAGAUUUAAGCACUAAAAGUUUUCUACAAAGUAAUCUUUGGCAGAAGGAUAUGAUAAUAGAAGAAAAUCGAAACUUUGUAACCGACAUAAAUGUGGGACUUGAUUACUCACACAAAAAGUGGAAAAAUCUCUGUCCAACAUUAGAAACGACUAAGGACAAUCAAAUUGCCGAUAACAAUCAAAACUCUUGGAACAAUUCUUUGAUACAAUUAGAGAAUCACCAAUCUUUAAGAAAUUCACAGUUGAACCAAAGUCCUUUGAACUGUGUGAGUAAGAAGCCUAUUGAAUCUGAUAAUUUAAACAAACGUGAAAUUAUUAUGAUGAGUAUAAAGUCACAGGAAAUGAAAUCAGAGUGUUCUAAAAACGGAAUAGAAACAGGGUCAUUACAAGAAUUGUUGGAAAAUACUGCAAUUUUAUAUUGUGCAGCCAAUGGGAUUCAUCAGGAUGAUUUAUCAAGUUAUAUUGAUUUUCUUGACAAUAAGCAUAAUAUUCAAUGGUUAGAAAGUUGAAACAAUUCUAUAGUAUAAAAAGUAAAAAAUUAUUUAGUAUUUUAUUUAUUAUAUAUGAUAUAUUGUCUGAG